GUCAUCGGCCUGGUAUCCGAGCCAUCCUUCGUUUUCUGAUCCUGCCAUCUGAGCUACAGCUGCUCGACGCCCCGUUGCUCUUCUCUGGCCGUAUCUGGCGCAGGCCAGUUGCCAAGGGCCCUAGGGCCGCUGGCAGGGAGUCAGGGCAGGCCGGCUGCUCUGUCGAGCUGCGCUGCAGACACAGACAGGCUGGGUGUUGAUGUCCAGGGCCUGGGCACUGCGAGGGCGGCUGCUGCGCUUGUUGGCCUCGUGGGGCACAGUAGAAGGAGUGGGGGUUAGACCCUAGUAGGCACAUUUCUCCUGCAGUCCCAAAUUGGGCUAGGCAGGUCGUAGGUGAUGGCAGCCAGAGAGGUGAAGAAGGUGCCGGCAGCGCCUGGGCUAGUUGCGGCGCGUGAAACCGUUCCCAUGUAACGACACAGUAACUAUCCGGACCAGGAAGUUCAUGACAAACCGACUACUUCAGAGAAAACAAAUGGUCAUCGAUGUCCUUCAUCCUGGGAAGGCAACAGUACCAAAGACAGAAAUUAGGGAGAAACUAGCCAAAAUGUACAAGACCACACCAGAUGUCAUCUUUGUAUUUGGUUUCAGAACUCACUUUGGUGGUGGCAAGACGACUGGCUUUGGCAUGAUUUACGAUUCCUUGGAUUAUGCAAAGAAAAAUGAACCCAAACAUAGGCUUGCAAGGCAUGGCCUGUACGAGAAGAAAAAGACAUCAAGAAAGCAGCGAAAGGAACGCAAGAACAGAAUGAAGAAAGUCAGGGGGACUGCAAAGGCCAAUGUUGGUGCUGGCAAAAAGCCGAAGGAGUAAAGAUUGUGCAGUGACGUUAUCUGCAGCCAUCGUGUGGAUUUUUCACAAGAAGAUUAAUAAACUUAAAAACUUUGA